CGAUGACGCAUGUACAGGGCAGGCGCAGUGGGUCGGCGACGCCACAACGGUUCCUGUACGUGUGGGCGGAGGAAGGCUGCCGGCUCUGAGCCGCUUAGAGAACAUCCUUGAGGUCAUCUGCAUCGUCUGCCUGGGAAAAGAUGGUCAACGUUUUGAAAGGAGUGCUCAUAGAAUGCGAUCCCGCCAUGAAGCAGUUCUUGCUGUACUUGGAUGAGUCCAAUGCCUUAGGGAAGAAGUUCAUCAUUCAAGACAUUGAUGACACACAUGUCUUUGUCAUUGCGGAGCUGGUGAAUGUCCUCCAGGAACGAGUAGGGGAGCUGAUGGACCAGAAUGCCUUUUCUCUUACCCAGAAGUGAAAAUGCUACAUGUUGAGCACUCGGAAAUUACAAACCACAGACAUGACAGAGAGGCCUAUUCAGUGUCUCAUACAACACUUAGACUUCUUACAGCAUUUUGUGGAAAAGGCUGCAAGAUCCUUUAUUCAGACAAAAGCCCCUAAAUGAAUUUUUUUGAACCCUUAAAAAAAAUCUUUAAAGAAGAACUAACAAUUGGCAGCAAUUUGGCUUUUAUUGUUCUUUAAUGAACUAAUCAUAAUCAUGUUGGUGCUAUGGCUCGGCUGGUGAAGGCCCUUGCCACCAAGCCUGACAGCCUGAAUUUGAUCCCAGGGAAGGGAAGACCUCUGUGUUUGUCACCUGACCUCCACAUGUGCCUCCCUUCCCACACAGACAAGCAAACGUAAUCAGAUAUAAUCAUAAGUGAUUUCCCUACCUUUUUUUUUUAACACCAAUUAAAUACACCAAUAAAAUAGUGGAGUUUGGUUAAAUUA